AGGCAAACUCAGGGCUGGGCUGAGCUGACCCCUCCCAGAGCCCUGGGCAAACGGGGUGGGAGAGAGGUGGUAACCUCGGAGGAGGAAAAGAGGGGAACUGGAGGAGGAGGAGGAAGAGAAGGAGCAGGAGACGAGGACCGACGGGAGAAAACAGAGGCAACAUGUUAGGAACCAAAUUUUGGGACCGUUUCAUCCGGCAAAUCAAGAGAAACCCCGGACUUAUCCCGCUAAUCAGCUUCAUUGGCCUGGGGAUGGGCAGCGCUGCACUUUACCUGCUUAGACUCGCCUUACGGAGCCCCGACGUCAGCUGGGACAGAAAAAAUAACCCAGAACCUUGGAAUCGCCUGAGCCCCAAUGACCAGUACAAGUUCCUCGCAGUUUCCAUGGAUUACAAGAAACUGAAGAAGGACCGGCCGGAUUUCUGAAGUGGGGGCCUCCAGGAGGGUGUAUGUGUGUGUGUUGGGGGGGGGGAGUUCUCGCAGUGGGGCUGAGGGCCAGUGUCGGUGACCGCGUGGGGCUGGGCUGAGGGGUGAGGGGCAGCAGACUGAGUCUCCAUGCCAAUAAACACCGUCAUGAAAGUCCGAGGUCUGAGAACAGGGGGGAGGGGAGGGAGGCUUCAAUGUUUGGCUUCUUCCUGCCUGGGCCUGGCUCCUCCAGAUAAUCGGGAGCACUUCGCAGUGCUCCUGACUGCUACAGCCCUGGGUUCCCACGCUCUGGAGGGACCGGCCUUCCCACCCCCGAUGUCCCGAACAGCGGAAGCACCUCUGACACCGUCCAAAUCCCCAGGCGGUUUCUGAGGCUGGAAUCGGAGAUCAAGAGACCGAAAUACACCCAGCCUUGGGCCCGAGGGCAGAGCGCGGUUCGGGAGAGGCACCGGGCCAGGAGCCUGCGUGUCAGACGUGCACCAGAGGCCCGCGCUGGCUCUGCUGCUUCCCUGGGCACGAGCCCACGGGGCGGGCCCGGCCGCCGCUUCAGCCCCACCCUCAGCAGGACAGGCAGUACGUGCCAUCCCGCCUGCCCUCUCCGAGCUGGCCAAGGAGCGCCGAGAAUCGCUCUGUCCCUGCCGUCUUGCCCCGGGUCUAGAGCCCCACAGCUUCUGCCAGCAUCUUCCCGCCCCACCCUCACUUCAGGCCUCCCAAGUGGAGGCCCCAGGGACGGCUCCGGCGGCUCCUCCUCUUCCACUCCCGCUCCCCUCCCCUCCCCCAAACCCCAAUCUCGGGGGAUCAAGCAGAGGCAGCCGUGGGCAAAAUACAAUUUCAUUUAACAAAUUGAAUUUGCUGCGCCUGCUAAUCACGUCUGGUGUCGGCACUGAUCAGUCAGAGGGAGGCAGCCUAAGCCCCGUGGCCCCACGACCCCAGGGAGGGAAUACAGAAUGGGAGGAGGAGGAGGAACACGAGUCAUCCUGUUCCCCGUCUUUUCCUGCUCCCCCUCAACUGAAAAACAGAUGACAGUUGCAGCAUUUUUAUUAGAUAAAAAAAAAAGGUCUAACUCUGAGUCCCUUUCCCCAUCCAAA